UGUGAUAUUCCCCCCGAAGAUUAAUUUUUGCCAGUACGCCUGUACCUCCGGCGUUGAGCGUGUUUUCAACAUCAAAUAAUUUUUGGAUUCUACCAUGGACUUCUGGAUAAUAUUAGCAACAAUUGCGUUAGUGUUGUUCCUCUGCUACUGUUUCUCCAGCGGAGAGAAUUUCUUCGAUAAAAAUGGAAUUCUCUACGUCAAGCCGGUCUCCUUCCUGGGGAACAUGGCGCCGAUAAUUUUUCGACAGGCAUCCAUAUUGACCGUCAUUAAUAAGAUUUACAACUUGAAUAAAGACGCCAAGUACGUGGGAGUCUUCGAUUUUGGAUGCCCAGUUGUGCUGAUACGUGACCAAGAGCUAGCGAAAAAUAUAACUAUCAAGUACUUCAAUCAUUUCGUCAAUCAUCGUAGUUUCGCUGAUCCCGAGCAGGAGCCCCUCUUCGGUAACAAUCUCUUCUCUUUGCACGAUGAGAGAUGGCGGUCAAUCAGAAAUCUGCUGAGCCCUGCGUUCACCUCCAGCAAAAUGAAGGUCAUGUUCAAACUCAUUUCUGGAUGUGCUGCUAAUUACGCUGAUUAUUUCGCUGAACAAUCUCGAGACAAACCAUACGAGGUCAACUCCAAAGACGCAUUUACCCGCUACACCAAUGACGUCAUAGGUACAUGUGCAUUUGGGAUUGAAGUUGAUUCCAUCAGGAACCGAAAUAACGAGUUCUACGUUCUGGGGAAGGAAGCAACCAACUUCGAAGGGCUGAAAUCCCUGAAAUUCUGGGUGUUGCGAAGUUUUCCAAAAUUGUCGAACUUGCUCAAUAUCAGACUCAUCUCUAGCGACGUUAAUAACUUCUUCAAUAACCUCGUGAGAGAUACCAUCGCAAUGAGGGAUGAAAAAGGAAUAUCUAGGCCAGAUAUGAUACAACUGAUGAUGGAGACGAGAAAUAAUAAGGAAGGACCCAAGCUGACGAUUGAGGAGAUGACGUCCCAAGCCUUCAUUUUUUUCCUCGGGGGAUUUGACACUGUGUCGUAUUUGAUGUGUUUUGCGGCUCAGGAGAUCGCGGGAAGGGCAGAUAUUCAGGAGAGACUCCACAGGGAAAUAGAUGAGGCUUUCGAUAAACAUAAUGGAGACCCUCCAUACGAAGCUGUCGUCAACAUGAUUUACCUCGAAGCUGUGAUCAAUGAAACACUCCGAAUGUAUCCGAUCGGGGCACUUCUGGACAGGGUAUGUAAUGCGGAAUUUGAAUUACCUCCGGCUCUACCGGGGAAGAUACCGGUGAUGCUGAAACCAGGGCAAAAUGUUUGGAUCCCAGUUUACUCCUAUCAGAGGGAUCCUGAGAAUUACUCCGAUCCUGAUGUCUUCGAUCCCGAGCGCUUCAUCAAAAAUGGUCGGUUAUCCGGAAAUUCAGCGAACUCUUUGGCAUUCGGCCAAGGACCCAGAAUGUGCAUUGGGAACAGAUUCGCGCUUUUGGAAACUAAAGUACUGUUGGUACACCUUUUGCGAAAGUGUUCGUUGAGACCUGGGAGGAAGAUGAUUCUACCACUGCGGUUGAGUAAAACCAGUUUGGCUAUGAUUGCCGAGGGGGGUUUUUGGGUCGAAUUCCAGCCGCGGAACAUAUAAAAAAGAACGCUGGACUACAAAAAAUUGUUUUGCGAUUUCAACAUGAUUUCGGGGAAAUUUUUUCUAAAGAUAUGUUGAAGAUGAUACUGUUAUGGACUAAAAAAUAAUUGUUUAAUAUCAAAUGAUGUAAUAAUCGCUGCUGCAAAAAAAAUGCACGUUCAUAUAUAUUUGUCUAUCAUGGCUGUGAGAAAAAUGAAUCAUCGAUGAAUCUACAUUGAGAAUCCAGGCGAAGGCGGUGUCUCUUCCCAUCGUCAAGGUUAUCGUGAUGUCAUCGACAACUUCAUUAAUGUCAACAAGACGGCCAAUUUUUUCCCUCAUACUACAAAGAAUACUCUUAUAUCAAUGUAUAAAUCAGCGUCGGUGUCUACUGAAAUAAGAAGAGAAGAUUGCCUUAUCAUAUGAGUGCUUCGUGAUUAUUAACGCUUUAAUGGGAUUGUAGGAGAUGAUUUAACAAAUUAUGAUGAAUAAAACUAAUUUGGCGAUA